AUGAGCCCUGAUAUCCCUGACUCGCAAGACUUGGCCAACAGGCUGACUCAGGCCAAAGCAUGGAGUCAGUUCUAUCAGAAUUACAAUCCAGACUAUAAAAUCUCGGAUAAGACUUUUGGUGAUCCAUCUAAUCGUAAGAUCAGGGUUAUCAGCAUAGGUGCUGGUCUCUUCAGCAUCAAUCUCGCGUACUGGAUCUCAGUCAAAUGCGAAAACUUCGAACUCACCGUAUUCGAAAAGAGCAGUGAACUCGGAGGUGUCUGGAACCAUAACAGAUAUCCUGGAGUUGCCUGCGACGUCCCAUCUCACGUGUAUCAAUACAGUUUUGCACCAAACCCAGAUUGGCCCAGGUUUCUGAGCCCAGGUCGAGACAUCCAGAAGUACCUUCAGAAAUGCGCCACCACGUUUGACCUUGACAAGUAUAUCAAGUUUCAUACCAGAGUUCUGAAGGCUGAGUGGCAUGAGGAGGGAUUCUGGCGUGUGUUUGUGCGGGAAGAGCUACCAAAUGGCGACUUUCGAGAGUAUUACCAAGAUGCAGAGAUUCUGGUGAAUAACUCUGGAAGUCAACAUGUCUAUCAGUGGCCCAAUGUGGAGGGUCUCGAUAAGUUCAAGGGAACAUUGCUUCACACUGCUGGCUGGGAUGAGCGAUUUGACGAAGAUGCGUGGAAGAACAAGACCGUUGCUGUGAUUGGCAGCGGUGACGAGUUUAGCCCAGAAUACUCGCCAGAAGAUCGAGAGAGCUUCAAGAAAGAUCCUUCCAAGCUUCAGGCGCAUGGGAAGAGCAUCGAGAGGCGUCUGAAUGGACUCUUUCCAAAUUUCUACAGCGGGACUGAUCACCAGAGGAAUGCUAUCAAAUUCUUUUACGACCAAAUGAAGAUUAAGAUCAAGGAUCCGAGGCUUCUUCAAGGCUUUACUCCUGAAUUUGUUCCCGGAUGCCGUCGCAUUACUCCAGGUGACCCUUUCAUCUACGCAGUCCAAGAGCCAAACGUCGAGGUUGUUUUCAAGGGCGUUGCGAGACUCACGGAGGACGGUGUUGUAGAUACAGAUGGUGUUGAGCGAAAGGUUGACGCUGUAGUUUGUGCAACUGGUUUCAAUGUCGACCUCAUCCCACGAUUUAAAGUCAUCGGACCAAAUGGCAUCUGUAUAUCCCAGUUCCUAGAACAAAACCCAGACAGUUACAUGUCAGUCGCUCUGGCGCAGUUCCCGAAUUACUUCCACGGCAGCACCGGCGCCUACUGGCCCUCUGCAAACGGAUCUCUCAUCGGACCCAUGGACGCAGUGGCCAACUACGUAGUUCAGGUCAUACAGAAGCUACAGAUGGAGCACAACAUCAUCAGCGUGGUUCCAAAGCAAGAAGCGAUGGAUGACUUUGUCGAACAUGCUCAGACAUGGUUGAAAGGCUGUGCUUGGUCGGGGGACUGUCCAGCUUGGUACAAAACACAGUCCGGACCGUUAAAAGGACGAGUGAACUUGAUCUGGCCCGGCAUUACACUGCAGUUUGUGAGAGCCUUGAGUAAGGUCCGCUGGGAAGACUAUGAUAUCAAGUAUGCUGCUAGUGGGGAGAAGAGCGCAAACCGAUUCUUGUAUCUUGGCGAUGGGCUUGUCAAGGAGACGUUUGAUCCUGAGAUGGAUGACUCGCCGCAUAUUCACCUUGGGGCUAUCGACCCGAGGUGGGCAAAGGCUGCUGGACUGUCAUUUGUAGAGGGAAUGAAGCCUUUGCCUUCUUAG